AUGGCAGAGGAACGGCCGCUCGCUGUCGUCACCUGUACGGCUCCGGUCAACAUCGCCGUAAUCAAGUACUGGGGCAAGCGGGACAAUGACCUGAUCCUGCCCAUCAACUCCUCCCUGAGUGUGACACUGCACCAGGACCAGCUGAAGACCACCACCACGGCCGCCACCAGCCGCGACUUCAUCAAGGACCGGCUGUGGCUCAAUGGGGAGGAGGUGGACGUGGGGCACCCGCGGCUGCAGGCUUGUCUGCAGGAAGUGCGACGCCUGGCCCGUAAGCGCCGAGGUGGCAGCUCCGAUGACGAGUCCCCACUCAACCUCUCCUACAAAGUUCAUGUUGCCACUGAGAACAACUUCCCCACCGCCGCCGGCUUGGCAUCCUCCGCUGCCGGCUACGCCUGCCUGGUGUCGGCGCUGGCGCGGCUGUACGGCGUGGAGGGCGAGCUGUCGGAGGUGGCACGGCGCGGCUCGGGCAGCGCUUGCCGCAGCAUGUUGGGUGGCUUUGUGGAGUGGCGCCGGGGCCAGCGACCCGACGGCAAGGACAGCCUGGCCCAGCAAGUGGCCCCCGAAACGCACUGGCCGGAGCUCAGGGUCCUCGUCCUGGUGGUCAGUGGGGAGAAGAAGCAGGUGGCCAGCACAGCAGGGAUGCAGACCAGCGUGGACACCAGCCCCUUGCUGAAGCACCGGGCUGAGGUGGUGGUUCCAGAACGUCUGGAGCUGAUGAUGCGGCACAUCCGUGAGCGGGACUUUGAGGGCUUUGGGCAGCUCACCAUGAAGGACAGCAACCAGUUCCAUGCCACCUGCCUCGACACCUUCCCCCCCAUCUUCUACCUCAAUGACCUCUCCCGACACAUCAUUGCCUUGGCACAUCGCUUCAAUGCCCACCAUGGAUCCACCAAGGUAGCCUACACCUUCGACGCCGGCCCCAACGCUGUCAUCUUCACUCUGGCCGACACUGUGGCUGAGUUCAUAGAGGUGGUGAGACGCAGCUUCCCCCCUGCCACCAACGGGGACCAGUUUGUGCGGGGGCUGCCUGUUGGCUCAGCAGUGCUGCCAGAGGAGCUGCUGGCAGCUGUGGUGACCGAGCCGGUGCCAGGGGCUGUCCGGUACAUCCUGCACACCAAGCCUGGCCCUGGCCCCCAGUUUGUGAAUGACCCCAGCCAGCACCUCCUGGGAGCAGACGGGCUGCCCCGCUGAGCACCGGUGAUGCCAUCAGGGAUGGCUGUGACACGCUGAGGAGGAGCUCUGCUGCUGCCACCCAGGGAACUCAGGCUGCUGAGCCCACCUGG